GCUGUUGGUCCUGUUGCCUCGGCCUCCGCUCUGCACCCCAACUUCUCUUCCUUCUCGGCCUCCUGGCGUGGACAGCAGGACAGGAAAUCAUUUAACCACAAAAGACUUGGAAAAUGGUUUUCAAAAGAAAACGACUGACAAGCUCCGAGGAUGAAGAGAGUCAGAGAGAAGAUGGUUCCACCACGAAGAAACCAUUUUCCAAAACCACGGAGAAACUUCGUGCUCAAAAGGAAGAUGAACAAAAUGACAGUGUCUUUGUCACGCUUCUUAAGACUUCAGGAUUAACUCUUAAAACAGGAGAGAAUCAGAAUCAACUUGCUGUGGAUCAGGUUGUUUUUCAAAAGAAGCUUUUUCAAACUCUGAAGAAACAUCCUUCUUACCCCAAAAUAAUAGAAGAAUUUGUCCGUGGCCUGGAGUCUUACAUUGAGGACCGAGAAGUUUUCAGGAACUGUCUCUUGCCUUGUGAACGGUUGCAGGAAGAGGGAAGCAGCACGGAUAAUUCUUUCUGUAAGAGCCUCAUUAAAUUGCUUCUGGGGAUUGAGAUAUUACAGCCCGCCAUUGUCAAAACCUUGUUUGAAAAGUUGCCAGAAUUCUUUUUUGAAAGCAACAGCAGUGAUGGAAUCAGCAUGCCUCAACUCAUCAUCAGUCAGCUAAAAUGGCUUGAUCGAGUUGUGGAUGGCAAGGAUCUCACCACCAAGAUCAUGCAGUUGAUCAACAUUGCUCCAGAACACCUGCAGCAUGACCUGAUCACCAGCCUGCCCGAGAUCCUCGGGGAUUCCCAGCAUGCGGAUGUUGGGAAGGAACUGAGUGACCUUCUGUCAGAAAAUACUCUGCUCACUCUUCCAAUCCUGGAUGUUCUCUCCAGCCUCCAACUGGACCCAGUGCUCCUGACUAAGGUUCGCAAAUUGGUUAUGAGUAAGCUGUCGUGUAUAAAACUGGAAGAUUUACCUGUGAUAAUCAAGUUUAUUCUUCAGUCUGUAACACCCACAGAUGCCCUUGAGGUCAUUUCUGAGCUUCGGGAUAAGUUGGAUUUGGGGCAUUUUAUUUUGCCAACUCAACUGCUGACUUCCCAAUUCAAAUCGAAGUCUAGAGGACUCGCAGGUUCUUUGGGAUUUCCAGAGGACAACUCUCGGGACUGUGUGACACUCUUCUUUGAUGUGAUUAAGUCGGCUGUUAGAUAUGAGAAAUUUAUUUCAGAAGCCUGGCUAAAGGCAAUUGAAAAUACUUCCUCUGAGUCUGAUCCCAAGACUUUUGACCUGGUAGUGCUGCUCAUCAUAUACAGCACCAACACGCAGUCCAAGAAGGCCCUUGAGAGGGUGCUGAAAAAUAAGAUUCAGACAGGCUGUUUUGAGGAAAAGCUGCUGGAUGGCACCUUCAUCAUCCACCACUUGGUCCUGAGGGAUAUUUUUCCAUCCAUUCUGACACUGGCUCAGACUUUGUUGCACUCCCCAGAGCAGAGUAUAACUUUGUUUGGCAGUCUUCUGUACAAAUAUGCAUUCAAGUUUUUUGAUAGUUACUGCCAGCAGGAAGUGGUCGGGGCCCUGGUGACCCAUGUCUGCAAUGGGAAUGAAACUGAAGUGGAUAUUGCUUUGGAUGUGCUCUUGGAGUUGGUGGAUAAAAGCCCAUCUGCCAUGAGACAUAAACCUGUCUUUGUGAAGAGCAUUUUGGAUUAUUUAGAUAAUAUGACUCCUCUACAAAUACGAAAACUCUUCUAUAUUCUUAGCUCCCUGGCAUUUUCCAAACAACAUGAAACUAGCAAUCAUAUCCACGAUGAUCUGCACCUGGUGAUACGGAAGCAGCUGUCCAGCACCAUAUUCAAAUACAAACUGAUUGGGAUCAUUGGUGCUGUCACCAUGGCUGGCGUCAUGGCGGCAGACAGAAGUGCAUCAGUCAGUUUAACCCAAAGGAAAACAGAGUUAAGCGAUGAAAAAUGUGCACAGGUAACCUCCUUGCUGCAGCUCGUUCGUUCAUGCAGUGAGCAGUCUCCUCAGGCCUCUGCUCUUUAUUAUGAUGAAUUUGCCAACCUGAUCCAAGUAGAAAAGCUGGCUCCAAAAAUCAUGGAGUGGGUUGGACAAACCAUCUUCAGUGAUUUCCAGGAUGCCUUUGUGGUGGACUACUGUAUACCGGAAGGCAACUACCCAUUUCCUGUGAAAGCUCUGUAUGGUCUUGAAGACUAUAACAGCCAAGAUGGGAUUGCCAUCAACCUCCUGCCACUGCUCUUCACUCACGACUGGGCAAAGGAAGGCGGUGGAGCUGUUUCAAAGGAUCCAAACCAAAAAUUGGUGUCACCAUUGUGCCUGACCCCCUACUUCCGACUACUGAGACUGUGUGUGGAGAGACAGCACAAUGGAAAUUUGGAGGAGAUUGACGGCCUGUUAGACUGCCCUCUGUUCCUCACUGACUUGGAGCCCGAAGAGAGGUUGGAGUCCAUGUCUGCUAAAGAGAAAUCCUUCAUGUGUUCACUCAUCUUUCUUACAAUUAACUGGUUUCGAGAGGUUGUCAAUGCCUUCUGCCGUCAAGCGUCCCCUGAGAUGAAGGGGAAGGUGCUCACUCGAAUCAAGCACAUCGUAGAGCUCCAGAGGAUUUUGGAGAAGUACUUAGCAGUCAACCCGAACUAUGUUCCUCCGCUAGCAAGCUUUGACUUGCAGAAUUUAGAUGUCACGCCUCACGCCAGUACUUCUGUUUCAGCAAAAAUCAGGAAACCAGGAAAGAUAGGAGGAGGAAGAAAACGAAAAGCAGAUGGCACCAAAGCAUCUGACACACUUUCAAAGGAGGAUACUUCAGAAUGUGACCCUACACCGUGUGAUAGAAGCCAGAUGGAAAAGGAGAGCACCGAGAAAGAAGAGAAGGCACCAGUGUCACUACAGAAUUACCGCGCUUACUUCCGAGAGCUGGACAUUGAGGUCUUCUCUGUUCUGCAAUGUGGACUUGUGACCAGGUCCAUCUUGAAUACUGAGAUGCACACUGAGGCGACAGAAGUGGUGCAGCUUCAGCCCCCGGAACUGCUUCUCCUGCUGGAAGAUCUCUCAGAGAAACUGGAGAAUAUGCUGAUACCUUCCAUAACCAAGCGAAUCCCCUUUUUCAAGAGUAAAGGCAGGCGGAAUAUUGGAUUCUCACAUCUCCAUCAGCGAUCUCCCCAAGAGAUUGCUUACAGUGUCGCGGAGCUGCUGAACCCAUUGUGUAACCAUCUGGAAAACAUUCACAACUACUUCCAGUGCUUAACCGCUGAGAAUCAUGGUAUCAUAGAUGGAGCAGAAACAAAGAGUUUGGAGUACCACAUGAUGUCUGCCUGCUAUCCCAGGCUACUGCGCAUUUUGCUGGCAUUUUUUUCUUGGAAUGGAUUUUAUCAACCUGAAAAUUUCACUUUACUGUAUUCUACCCUGGAGACCCUUAGCAGCCGCCUGAAUCCACAAGAACGUGACCAGUCCUUGGAGCAGCUGCUCAGCCAAAGCUUCCAAUACUUACAGAACUUCAGUCCCAGCCUCCCCAAUCUCCAUUGUGCUCUCUAUCUCCUCCGACUUCUGUUGGUUCUCCUGGGAAAAUUUGCAGAUCCUAAUCAAAACAAGGACAAAAUUGCUUCCUUGGCCAAACAGUUCCUCUGCCGGGUCUGGCCGAGUGAAGAGAAAGAGAAGGGCCGAGUCUUUAACGAACACCUCCACUCUUUACUCUGUGUCUACCUGGAGCACACAGAUGGCGUCUUAAAGGCCAUAGAGGAGAUUUCAGGGGUCGGUGUCCCAGAACUCAUCAACUCUUCUAAAGACGCCUCCUCUUCAUUCCCUACAUUGACUAGGAGCACCUUUGUCAUUUUCUUCCGUGUGAUGAUGGAACAGCUUGAGAAGAAAGUGAAAAGUCUUCAGCCUGGCACAGCGUCAGACUCGGAGCAGAUACAUGAAGAGAAACUUGUCUACUGGAACAUGGCUGUCAGAGACUUCAGUAUCCUCAUCAACCUGAUGAAGGUCUUUGAUAGUCGUCCUGUUCUGCAUGUAUGUUUGAAGUAUGGCCGUCUGUUUGCGGAAGUCUUCCUGAAGCAGUGCAUGCCGCUACUAGACUUCAGCUUUAGAAAGCAUCGGGAAGAUGUCCUAAGCUUAUUGGAGACCUUCCAGCUGAGCACUAGGCAGCUUCAUCACCUCUGUGGACAUUCCAAGAUUCACCAGGACACAAAACUCACCAAAGAGGUGCCAUUCCUCAAGAAGACCCUGGAGCUGUUGGUCUGUAGAGUGAAGGCCAUGCUCGUGUUCAACAAUUGCAGAGAAGCUUUCUGGCUGGGCAAUCUCAAAAAUCGGGAUUUGCAGGGUGAAGAGAUUCUAUCUCAAGUUUCCCAGAGCACAGCAGAGGAGAGCGAGGAGGAUGCAUCAUCCCAAAUCUCCAAGAGCAAAACUGCAGAGGAUGAUGAAGAUGAUGAAGCCAGUGCCGAAGAAAAAGAGCCAAGUAGUGAUGACAGUGACGAUGCCUGAUUAGACACACACACACACACA